AUGGGUUCAAGAUACGAAGUCGAGGUAACAAUCACAUCAGCCAAGGACUUGAAGAACGUCAACUGGCGCCAUGGCAAGCUGAAGCCGUACGCCGUCGUUUGGGUUGAUCCGAACGCCAAGUGCUCCACCAGAGUCGACGAGGAGGGCGACACAUGCCCUUACUGGGAUGAAAAGCUUGUAGUUCCGUUAAACUCUCCGGUGGAGGAAUCCACCCUCCACGUUGACAUCGUGCACGCCAAUGCUGCUGAGGAUACCAAGCCGCUGAUCGGCUCAGCUAAGCUCCCUCUGCGGGAAGUUGUAGACGACGUUGGAUUUGGGAGCCGAUUGGAGAAGAAGCUUGAGCUCAAGCGCCCCUCUGGACGGCCACAUGGGAAACUGGAAGUGAAUGUUACCGUGCGUGAUCCGCGGUAUCGUGUGCCUGAUCCUUACUACGAACCGUACGGAGUCCCUCCGCCAGGGACUAGAGGAUAUCCCGCAGCGCCAGCACCAUUCGGUAACACUUAUGAAGCUCCACCGGCGCCAGCUUAUGCUGCUCCGCCGUCGGGUUAUCCCUAUAGUGCGCCUUCGUACGGUCAACCGAGUUACGGGCAGCCAGCUUAUGGGCAGAGUGGUUACUACGGGCAGCCGGGGUAUGAUGUGGAGGAGAAGAAGAAGAACAAAUUUGGUGGGAUGGGAACGGGAUUGGCUGUGGGCGCGGUAGCAGGGGUGGUAGGUGGAAUUGCAUUGUCGGAGGGCGUUGAUGCACUGGAAGACCAUAUUGCCGAUGAGGCAGCGGAUCGUGUGGAGGAUGAUUUGGGCUACGAUGGUGAUGAUUUCUAG